GGGCGGCAGGUGUUGGCCGCGGGGCGCUGCGCUCGCCCGGCCGCCCCCCUUCCGCUCCGUCCCCCUGGCCGGGCCGCUCGCCGCUCCGCACACGGCCAGCCCGGGGCCGCCGCUGCCGCCGAACGGGACCGCCUGCGGGCUCAGGUGUUACCGCCGUGGUGCAACUAUGGGGUCGGAAAACCCGACUCCGCAGAACCCUGGCUGUAAGAUCAUGACCUUUCGUCCCAGCCUGGAGGAGUUCAGGGACUUUGGGAAGUACAUUGCUUACAUUGAAUCCCAAGGAGCUCACCGAGCAGGGCUGGCCAAGGUGAUUCCUCCCAAGGAAUGGAAGCCCCGAAGAACCUAUGAUGAUAUAGAUGACAUGGUUAUCCCAGCUCCUAUUCAACAAGUGGUUACUGGGCAGUCAGGGUUAUUCACCCAGUAUAAUAUACAGAAGAAGCCGAUGACUGUGGGAGAAUACCGGCGUCUGGCCAACAGUGAGAAGUACUGUACUCCACGCCAUCAAGAUUUUGAGGACUUGGAGCGCAAAUACUGGAAGAACCUCACCUUUGUCUCACCAAUUUAUGGGGCUGAUAUUAGUGGCUCCUUAUAUGAUGCAGAUGUGGAGGAAUGGAACAUUGGCAACCUAAACACCCUCUUAGACAUGGUGGAACAUGAGUGUGGCAUUAUCAUAGAAGGUGUAAACACUCCCUACCUCUAUUUUGGGAUGUGGAAGACAACAUUUGCUUGGCAUACAGAGGACAUGGAUCUCUACAGUAUCAACUACUUGCAUUUUGGGGAGCCAAAAUCCUGGUAUGCCAUACCUCCAGAACACGGCAAGAGGUUGGAACGCCUGGCCAAAGGCUUUUUUCCAGGGAGCUCUCAGGGAUGUGAUGCUUUCCUCCGUCACAAGAUGACCCUCAUCUCGCCCUCCAUCCUGAAGAAGUAUGGCAUUCCCUUUGACAGGAUCACCCAGGAAGCUGGAGAGUUUAUGAUUACCUUUCCUUAUGGUUACCAUGCUGGCUUCAAUCAUGGCUUCAACUGUGCAGAAUCCACCAACUUUGCCACGUUGCGAUGGAUUGACUAUGGCAAAAUGGCAACCCAAUGCACUUGCCGCAAAGACAUGGUGAAGAUUUCCAUGGAUGUCUUCGUGAGGAUUCUGCAACCAGAACGAUACGAUUUAUGGAAACAAGGAAAAGACAGUGCUGUCCUGGACCACAUGAAACCCACAGCUCUGACUAGCCCAGAACUAGAUGCCUGGAAUGAGACGAAGGCAGAGUUGAAGACUAAAUUGCUUCGCAGGAUAGGAGAUGAGGAAGAGGACAACAAACACCGGUCUCACAGAAAAAGAAGUCAACCCAGAAGACACAAAACAGAGGAUCAGAAGUCUCUUGGGGAUGUCAUGGCUAUUGAAACUUCUUUGGAAGAUGUGAAAGUAAAAGAGGAACUGAAAAGAGGGCCAGAUCUAGAGGAAGAGGAGAGAGGCAAAGUGAUUGAGGGAGAAGGUGACUGCAAAGUAAAGGCCCGUCCUCCAAAGGUAAAAGGUGAGAGGAAGAGGAAGCACCUAUUCCACCAACAUCAGCACCAUCUGCAGGCAGCUCAGCCUCCUCUGCCCCAGCCUCCGCCAGCGCCGCAGCCAGCAGAGGGUGAGACACCAGCAGCACGGCCACCAGUGCCCCCAGCAGCACCCACAUCAUCCACAGCAGACAAGAGCUUUCCCCCAGCUCCCCUGAACAUUAUCCAACCCUCGGAGGCAGCAGCUGAGGAAGAUGACUUCAAACCUCGGCCGAUCAUUCCCAUGCUUUACGUGGUUCCACGGACCAAAAAGGUGGUGUUUGACAAGGAGCGCAUGUCCUGCCAGCAGGCCUUCGAGGAGUUUGCCACGCAAAAGGGUCCAAGUUGGCGUGAGCAGACUGUCCCUCUGGAAAUCCCAGUGAAGGAGGAGGAGAAUACAGAAGCAGAGAAUACAGAAGUCACCUCAGAGACUUCUGCUUUUUCAAAAAUGAAGAUGGAGAUCAAGAAGAGUCGUCGUCACCCUCUGGGCAAACCCCCAACCCGCUCCCCUCUGUCCGUGGUGAAGCAGGAGACCUCCAGUGAUGAGGAAACAUUCCCAUUUUCUGGGGAGGAAGAUAUGAGUGACCCCGAGGCUUUGAAAUCUUUACUUUCCUUCCAGUGGAAGAACAAAGUGCAUAAUUUCCCAGCUGAAAGAAAGUUCAAUGCAGCUGCUGCCCUGAGUGAGCCAUACUGUGCUGUCUGUACCCUCUUCUACCCAUAUAACCAGUCCUUACAGAUGGAUAAAGAAGCUGUCCCAGUCUCUGUAGGAGAGACCACCUCCUUUGUCCACCUUUCCAAGUGUGGACAAAAGACCAAGCCUCUGAUCCCAGAGAUGUGCUUUACCUCAAGUGGAGAAAACACAGAGCCCCUUCCUUCAAAUUCCUAUAUUGGGGAGGAUGGAACUAGUCCCUUGAUAUCCUGUGCCAAAUGCUGCCUGCAGGUUCAUGCUAGCUGUUAUGGAAUACGUCCAGACCUGGUGAAUGAAAGUUGGUCUUGUUCACGGUGCUCAGCCAACGCAUGGGCAGCGGAAUGUUGCCUGUGUAAUCUCAGGGGAGGAGCUCUUCAGAUGACCACUGAUGGACGGUGGAUCCAUAUAAUCUGUGCUAUUGCUGUCCCUGAGGCCCGUUUCCUCAAUGUAAUAGAGCGUCAUCCUGUGGAUAUCAGUGCUAUCCCAGAGCAGAGAUGGAAACUGAAAUGUGUGUACUGUAGGAAGAGGAUGAAGAAGGUGUCUGGGGCCUGCAUCCAGUGCUCCUACGAGCACUGCUCCACCUCCUUCCACGUCACCUGUGCCCACGCAGCUGGCGUGCCCAUGGAGCCAGACGACUGGCCCUAUGUUGUGUCCAUCACUUGCUUCAAACACAAAGCAGCCAACCAGAAUGUUCCCUUUCGAAGGGAGGUGACCCUUGGACAGACUGUAAUCACAAAGAACAGGAAUGGACUCUACUACAGAUGUAAAGUCAUUGGCAUGACCACACAGACUUUCUAUGAAGUAAACUUUGACGAUGGUUCAUACAGUGACAACGUUUACCCAGAAAGCAUCAUUAGCAGGGACUGCAUCCAACUGGGACCCCCUCCAGAGGGUGAGUUGGUUCAACUGCAGUGGACAGAUGGAAUCAUCUAUAAGGCCAAGUUUAUUGCAGCCCAGAUCAGUCAGAUUUACCAGGUCGAGUUUGAAGAUGGUUCCCAACUAAUGGUAAAGCGUGGUGACAUUUACACCUUGGAGGAAGAGCUUCCCAAGAGAGUCAAGUCUCGCCUGUCCCUCAGCACUGGGGCCCCUCAGGAAGAUGUAUUUUCAGGAGAUGAAGUGAGAGCAGCCAAACGUCCCCGGCUGGGGAACCCAAGGAAUCCUGAAGAGUACGGACAAAGCCCAGAUUACUUGGCCUUUAUGGAGAGCCUGUUGCAGACACAGUACCAGCCUGGAACUCAGAGCAACAUGUUUUAACCAGGAUUAAACAGAGCUAUUCAAUUAACCCUUUUCAAACAGGAAACUGUGGAAUAGACCAGCCUUGUGCAAUAGCCUGCUGUGAAUUUCUUUCGUCUGCUCUUGGUUUGGACUGCAGGAUACCCUGUCUGGCUGCACGCUACCUCUACUUUGCCAGACAUUGCUGACCAAUAGAGUAGGGAGCUUGAAAAUCCUUCAGACAGCAUUUCCCAUGGAGACUUUGGAAGAGUUUCUACUAAUGGAGCUUUGUGACUGUCUCCUUUUUAUGAGGCUUGGCAAGGGGUUAAAAUGUAACAAAGCAAACAAACAAAAGAGACUUUUUAAGAUAUGUCAAAACUUUUUGUCUUUCAAGGUGCUAUUACAUUGACUACUGAAGCAGCCUUUGGAAUUGUGUUUUCUGUACAUAGAUGUCACCUUUGUGAAGUUUUCUAUAAAUGAGCAUUAUUAAAAAAACAAAGCAAACAAAAAAUAGGAGAAGAAAAGUUUCCACAAAACCUUUUUCUAGAUUAUGGCUUUAAACCAGAAAAUCAACAAAAUCCUCCCUCCCCCCUCCCCCAAAUCCCACCCCCCCAGAUGAAAUGUGACUAAUAUUACAGUGGGGAAUGAAAGAGAUGAUGUCUUGGAAAGUUCUGGGUUCAUUUUGUUUUGUAAAGAAACACUAUCUUCUUUGUAAGCUGGGGAAGGGAUCCCCUGGCUGGUUUCUUACCGUUAGUUCUCGCACCGUUAGGUGAGUUUCUGCCACGUCACCAGGAAGGGACUUAGGGAAGAAGUGGCCAAGUCUUGGUCACUCUUGUCAUCUUCCUUCUCCAUCUUUGCCAUCAAGUUGCUUUCUAGUUACAAAUCAGCAUGGCUUUCAGUUGCAAUAUGCCACUUGGUUUUGGCAGGUGUUCUGUUGCUGCUUCUUGUGUUAGUUCCAUCGCGCUGCCCCCGCGGACGGGAGCACGGAGGGGUUACUCUGGCUCUCUGCUAGGCUUGUUCUCCCACUGGAACCUUUUUCUUUGUCUCCUUAUUUUGGUUUUGAUUUGAUUUUUUAAAUUCUUUGGGAGUUGUGCUCCUUACACUUGUGAGAAUCAUUCCAUGACAGAAGCCUGGGAGGUGUUUGUAUGGUUUUUCUUUUAUCCUAUUAAAGAAGAAAUUCCCCAACCAUCUUUUGAUUUGUCGUGACAUCCUUUGCUUAAGUAAAGACUGAGCCUUUGGAGAUACUCCUGGGGAAGAGGAAUGCAAGCCCUUCAGCUGAUUGGACUCAGUUCACUGAGAAUUGAAUGAGCAUUAAAGGCAAAACCAAAUCCUAAAGUAUUGAGUGGGCAGCUCCCACUUGAAGCCUUGGAAAUCACCUCUGGUCAAAGAGCUGGCACGGAGCAGCAUUUGUAAAAGAGCCUGAUCCAAAGCCCUGCUGAAGUCACUGGAAAGUCUUCCCCUCUCUUUGGAGGAUCUCCCUCAAUUCAUGGGGGAAAGAAAAAGGCAGCCCUAGUGCAGAGUUGGAAAGGAGACGUGGCUUCCAGAGUGUCUGGGUGAAGGGGGGUGCAAUGGUGCCCCCGCUGCCUCGACCUGCUGUGAGGUAGCAGAGCUGCCCAGAACCCUGCACAGCAACCUGUCCCACUUAAUUCCCUCAAAUUACUGGGCAGAAAGAGACAAUGCUUGAUCAUUAUUUGUUGGUAAGCCCCUUUGCAAGGUGCUCAUUGUUCCCUGGAGAGGUUUUUAAGCAACUCUCUAGCUGGAUCUCCCGGGGAGUAAGUGGGAAGCAUUUGUGGGCCGGCAGAUGGUAGAGCAGCAUCUUAAGAGACUGGAUGGGUAUUGAACUGUCCUAGUGAAAGACUGGAGAUAGAAUGAAGCAUUUUUUUCCCCUCCUUUUUUGUUCUUUCAUGUUGGGUUUUGUCCUCCUUUAGAACUGCAGUUCCUUUUGUCUCUUACUGCCUCUGCGACGGGUCCUUCCCCGCGUGUGUGCCUGCGUGUGCACGUGUGUGUUUGUGUGUGUUCAGAAGACCUUGGGAACAGGGUUUGCCUGGGGUUUUGCUUUGGGGUUUUUUUUCUUAAUCCUUUCUGAGUUUUUGAUGUUUUCCAAUAGAUGUCUCCAAGAAUGAAAAGAAACCAGACUAACAAAAAGCUUAAAACAUUGGCAAGGUUCUCCCAAGCCUCGGUUGUUCCUCCAAGCCAACCGACUCCUGUCCCUUCAAAACAUCAAGUAGGGAGAAAAUUGCUUGUGUCAAAGAGUAGGAAUGUUGCCAGGCCACGAGAGAAAUAGUCCAAACAAUUGAAAGUGAUGUUAAACAGCAGAGGACUUUUGUUUUGGAAGUGGGGAGGGUGAAGGGUGGGAUGGAGCCGAAUGGUUGUGAGCAAUGGGGAGUUUCCUCUGCAUGUCGAGGCCCUGCCUGAAGUGGCCCCUUUGCUGUGUUGCAUCUGUGGUACCUUUACAAAUACUCUUUAUAUUGUAAACCAAACAAAAGUGUGUUUCCUCAACCCCUUAUUCAGCUGCUGAGUUAUGUUGAAGCUGGAACUGUGAGAAUGCCCUUCCUCAUUGCAAGGGCUCUCCCUCCUUCAUUUCUCAGUCCCUCUUUUUGGUUUAGGAAUGACUUGUGCAGGUGGUUGGUAACAAGCAAAUCGAUGGCCUCUGUGCAUCAGGCUGUUGGAAAGGAAAUGGGAAAUGCACAUUCCUACCCUCCCCUUCCUCCAGUGAAAUAUAUUUGUAACUGUCUGAUUAUGUGCUAUCAGAAUAAUGAUUUUUUUCUCCUUCUCCCCCUAGAUUUAAGGAUGUGAUGUAUUUUUUGCAUAUUUUCCCCUCUGCCUCUCUAGGUUCAUAAUGAAUUAAAGGCUGUUGAGCACUUCAGAAUUACA